GCUCUCUUGUUUAUUUAUUUUCGUAGGAUUGUCCCUUGAGGAAAUUGUUAGAAGUAGGUUUCCUGAUACCUGGCUAUGGGACGAAUAUGAUAUUGGCAUGGAAGGAGAAACUAAAAUUGCGCAUAAAAUUCCUGAUUCAAUGACGUCAUGGGUGACUUCGGUAUUUGCCGUUAAUCCAGUAACCGGUUUUGGAAUUGCCGAAACAAAACCAGAGAUAUUAGUGCAGAAACAGUUUUUCCUCACAAUGGAUAUUCCGACGUCAAUAGUUCAUGGCGAAGAGUUUCUCCUCCAGAUAUCAGUCUUCAAUAACUACCCAAUAAAUAAAUUGGUUUUUCUGCGAAUUACGCUGUCGGAAAACCCGGACAAUCCUAUACCAGCUUCUACUGAAGUUAAGGGAAAUGAUGGUCAAUCAACGUUCAUUCGUAUCCAUCCCGAACAAAUUGGAGAAUUGAACAUAACAGUCACCGCCUAUAUCAUGGGCACUUUCUUCUUUACCAUACCAGAUCAAAUAAUGAAAAGCGUAACGGUACAGCCAAAUGGUGUAUUCAAAACAACUAAUGAGCAACAUCUUAUUGAUGUUACACGAGAUUCCAAUCAAAUUAUUAAACGUAUCAAGAUAGAUCAUCCAGAUGAUAUGGUUGAAAACUCUAGAAUUACUAAAAUCAUCAUUACCGGAAAUUUCAUGGUACCUAGUAUUAAUGGUUUAGACAAUUUGAUACAAAUGCCGUAUGGUUGUGGUGAACAAACUAUGAUAAAUUUUGCGCCAGCAAUAUUCAUCCACGAUUAUCUCACUAUUGUCGAAAAAUUGACCCCAGAGAUAGAAAUGAAAUCAACUAAAAUUCUGCAGACAGGGCUUCAACAAGAACUGAAAUAUCAACGCAAAGACGGUUCGUUUAGUGCAUUUGGAAACCGGGAUUCAUCUGGGAGCAGCUGGCUGACGGCGUUUGUUCUGAAGUGCUUCGGUCAAGCAAAAGAUCUCAUUCAAAUUGAUGAUUCUGUUAUGGUAAAAGCUAUGGUUUGGUUACUGAGAUACCAAAAUAGUGACGGAUCAUUUCGAGAGCCGGGAAAAGUCAUACACCGUCAAAUGCAGGGUGGGUCAUCUUCCGGAACAAGGAUGUCGGCAUUUAUUUUAAUUUCAUUAUUAGAAAACAGAAAUGUUUCAACUUCUCAGGGUACCGAUGUCAGCAUGGCAAUAAGGAAGGCAACGACGUACUUAGAAGCAAAACUUAACUAUGUCAAAGACUCAUAUUCACUAGCGAUCAUAUGCUACGCUCUAGCAAGUGCCAAUAGUCCCUCGAGAUCCACAUGUUACAAGAAGCUGAAGACAGCCGCUUUUUAUGAUGAUGACAAAACCUACUGGAAAGCUAACCAUAGAGUCAACAAAAGGGAAGUAGGUGAUCGUGCAUUGAGAAAUAGAGCAUCAUCAAUGGAUGUAGAAGCGUCAUCGUAUGCUCUUCUAACUUAUAUGAAACUUGGGUACUACGCAGAGGCUUUCCCAAUUGUAAAAUGGCUUGUAUCACAACGUAAUCCGACUGGUGGUGAACGAUCUACUCAGGAUACAGUUAUAUCAAUACAAGCGCUUGCCGAAUAUGCAACUAAUGGAGACGCUUCACCGGGCCCGAAUUAUGGAGUGAAAUUUGAAUUGUCUGAUGGAAAUUUCAGUCACGUUUAUUCUACAGAUCCUUCAACAUUUGAUUUCGUACACACAUUCCAGGUACCUUCUGAUGUUGAAACAUUCACACUUCAAGUAACAGGGUCAGGCUCAGCAAUAAUCGAUAUAUCUACUUCAUAUUAUGUGACUGGCAAUGAAAACGAUGAUGACAUCAAAGUAAAAGCAAUAGUGACAAAAGAGUCGAUAAAUACUGUGACAAUUGAAUCUUGCCUAAGAUGGAUUGGAAGUGACAAAAGUGGCAUGUUACUUAUGGAGGUAGAGAUGCCAACAGGAUUUCAGCCUGACGAUUACCUACUGAACAGUCAGAAUAUAAUCAUGAAACACGAAACAAAUGGAAGAAAUAUUGCAUUAUAUUUCAAUGGUGUUAAUUCAGGUACUGACAUUUGCGUUGAUGUGAAGAUGGACCGUGUUGACCCAGUUGUCAAGAGUCAAGCCUGUCAUGUGAAAGCAUACGACUACUAUGAUCCAGUUCAUCAAGCAAUAACUAGAUAUGAAUUUGGAUUGCUGAAGGAACCAAACAUUUGUAACAUUUGUCCUUUGUGUGGAUUCUGUUUGGUACGAGAACCGACCGGAGUAGGACGUUAAGCCGACAGAACUACAUACAUUGCAUUUUCAAAUGUAAAUAACCUAACUGUGCAGUAUAAUAUUUAAUCAGUGUAUAUAGAUUGUGUGCAAUUCUCUUACAAUCUAAAGGUAAUGUGAAGCAAUUAUAUAUGACAUUUGUUUCUCAGAAGUUCAACAUAAACUUACGUUUGAGUUAUUGACAAUUAUUUCCUUAGCCAUCCAUAAGUUGUCUACAUUUGUUCUAUCUUCUGUAUUUAUUUAAGGUCUCUUUUUUGUCCUAACAUUUUUACAGAAGGUAUUUUAAGUUUCACAUUAAUAACAAUUAAAUUUUCGUUUACAUUAAUGCUGCAAUUUUAAUGAGUGAGGAAAUAGUAACUGUUGUUAAUUACAUAUUAAUAUAGACGAUAUAUAUCAAACUAAUAUUAACACUACAGAAUAUAUAGAAGCAGAUGCCAAUUAAUUACAUAUUUUUAAUAUAAGUUCCGAGUAAAUGAAAUUUAACGGAUACUAUUUGUUAACGAAGUAAACAUUUAAAGUUUUAGGCCAUUAUGUUUAUGUUUUGCAGAUUUUUUUUCUUUAAGUAGGUGAAGAUUUAUGUAUAUCGAUGUAAGAAUGAUUUAACAUGCAAUUGAAUAUAAAUGAGAAAAUGAAACAAUAUCAAUGUUUAGUGUUCACCAAUUUUUUAAGCCAAUCACCGACGAGAAUUUUUCAAAUUUUCAGGUUUCAAAUCUUAAUAGAACAUAUUUUAUAUAAACUGGACGUUUUAUAUUAUAUUAUACAACGCAAGUGGGCGGAGCACUAAGCCGGUUCGAGUGCAUAUUGGAUGUUCUUCGUAAAUAAGAAAGCUACAGUCGCUUCGCAAGCUCCGCUCCUUUUUAGCUUUCUUAUUCACGAAGAACACCCAAUAUGCACUCUAACAUAUACAUUAUAUAUGUCGUAUGUUUCAUAUUUCUGUUAUCAAUACUAACUACUAAUAUUUUUGUUAUCAUAACACGUUAUGUUUGCAAAACCUGUCAAUAUGAAUACUUAGACCAUAAGCAUUAUUUUUCUCAAAAUCAUUUUAAUUUAACAUUUUUAUUUGUUUCAUAUUAUGCAAAUUUCAUAUUAAUUGCACACAGAAUGGAUGUAUUCAUCUUAAAUCCAAAGUAAAUAUUAAACUAAGAAUAUACUGAGGUUACAUCCUUUCAAAAUACAAUUUUAUAAGCAAUUGCAAAGGAGUAAACUAUUUAUAAAAUUAAUGCAGUCAGUCAUUAUUUAUGUAUUAUUAUUAUUAUUUCAAAUGGCCCGGCCACCCUUCAAAGCAAAGUUAUUAUAUAUUUUUUCCAAUAGCUAUGCAUGCGUCUGAUCAAGUUGAAAUGAAAACUUUUAUAGGAUUAAGGAUAUUGUUAAGAUGUUAAGGUUUUAUUGAACAUUAUCGCAUUAUAGUUGUCGACACUGAUAUUAACUGAACGUUCAAAUAUAUCUAUUGUAAUUCAUGUACUAAAUCUAGAAUUAUUUUUAACUAAAAUCUGUUUAACGCUAAAAACCUGUUGUAUUUUAUUUUGUUUGUUUAACACUAUAAUCUUAAAUGAGUUUUAUAUAUAUAUUUACUUUAAAAAAAACGAGAAAGAAGUGUAAUUGGAAAGGUGUUAUAGCAAGUGUUCAAAAUGAUAUCAGUGUAUAAUAUGAUGAUUCCUUUAGGCGACUUAGGUUCGUGAAAAAACUGGCGAGACAAUAUUUCAGUUUACAUUUUCCAUGUAUGUGUGUUUGAUGUAUCUAAUAAAAUUAUAAUCAUA